AGCGGUAUCACUAAUUGUUGAUACAACAAACUAGAAUCAUGUUCUCUAAAGUGGUAGCUCUGUGCGCGUUUGUGGCAGUAGCCCGCGCUGGCCUGCUGGCCGCCCCCGCCCACUACUCGCCCGCCGAGGCCGUUUCCUCACAGAGCAUCGUGCGCCACGACCAGCCUAAGGCUGUAGCUGCCAAGCUGGUAGCUGCCGCCCCCGUCUACCACGCCGCGCCCGCUGCCGUCGCCUACCACGCUGCCCCAGCCGCCGUUACCUACCACGCUGCCUCCGCCCCCGUCGCCUACCAUGCUGCUCCCGUCGCCAAGAUCUUGGCUCACCAAGAGGAAAUCGCGUACCCCAAAUAUGAGUACACGUACUCUGUGGCUGACGGGCACACAGGCGACAACAAGUCCCAGCAGGAGUCCCGCGACGGCGACGUGGUGAAGGGCUCGUACUCGUUCCACGAGGCUGACGGCUCCGUGCGCACCGUGGAGUACACCGCUGACGACCACAGCGGGUUCAACGCCGUCGUACACAACACCGCCCCCACCGCCGCGCCUGCCCUCAUCAAGGCCGCCCCCCUGCUGCUCAAGGCCCCCGCCCUCCAGUACUACCACCAUUAGACUGAAUCCAAACUCCAAUUGAUAUCACGUUGAUAAUAAAAUGUUAUUAUUUAUUUAUUUUAAAAUAAUAUACGUUUAAGAUCGAUCCAAAUGCCAUUGUUAAUUUUAAUUUACUCUCUGGUCGUUGUUGAUUGAUGGUAGAUUUGUUUAAACCAUUUAUUUUGAGUUUUUUUUGGUUUAUCCAACAGGAAUCUUCGCACUUUAGCUAAGAGUCCAUUAGUAGAGGAAAUCUUGCAUUUUCGCACUUACGACAGACUUGCCAGAAAAAAUCUUAAAAAAUGUAUUUAAGAUAAAGUGGAGGUUAAUUUUUGUCACGCAAGCAAUAUUGUACGGUAUUAUGUUGGAUAGGCGUUUGAAAAAUAUAACUUGUGAAAACAACUUUUUGUUGAGGAAUAAUUUUGUAAAAUAUGAAGCGUCAAAAUACAAGCUUUUACUAGCCUUGCCAGCGAAAAUGAGUGUUUCUAGCAAUGUGAAAAAAUUAUGCUAUUUACAAUGUUUAUAUACAAUUAAAUUAAAAUAUAAACUAUCACAGUUUGACAGGAUUUGUAAUUUUACAAGUAAUAGUAAUAAUUUCGUACAAAAAAAAAUACGUGAGGAUUGCAUCAAAUAUUCGAUUUUAUCCUUUAACGCAU